UUGGGUUUAUAUAUAUUUGCGCAAAAGAGGAGACCAGAGAAAGGCAGACGCAGAGGAGCGAAGGUCCUCUUCUCUUUCUCUCUUAAAAAGAAUGGAUUUUUGAUAUAUUCAAUCCAGGUUUACCAAUUUCUAUGCAGAGACGGAUACAGUUGUGUAUAAGAAACAAAAGCAUCCGUCGAUUGACAGCAUGUCGGCCAAAUCCGGAUCUUCCAGGGCAGCAAAAUCAGCUGCGGUGGCCGCGGCAUUGCCGUCAGGUAAUGGGAGAGGAACUGCAGCUGAUGCUGCCAAGUUCUCGAAUAAUACGGAGAGACUACAACACAUCAACAGCAUUAGGAAGGCCCCUGUGGGGGCACAGAUCAAGCGUGUGAUUGGUCUGCUGUUUGAGAAAAGGCAAGCCCUAACACCAGAGCAGAUAAAUGAAGCAACUUUUGUUGAUAUCAAUGCCAACAAAGCUGUCUUUGACAGUUUGCAGAACAACCCAAAAGUGCGUUAUGAUGGCAAGCGCUUCUCGUACAAGUCCAAGCAUGAUCUGAAGGACAAGAACCAACUACUUGUUUUAGUACGGAAAUUUCCUGAGGGGAUUGCUGUAGUUGAUCUUAAGGAUGCUUACCCUACGGUGAUUGAGGACUUACAGGCUUUAAAAGCUGCGGGUCAGAUAUGGCUGCUGUCAAGCUUUGAUUCACAGGAGGAUGUUGCAUACCCAAAUGAUCCAAGGGUACCUAUUAAGGUGGAUGAUGACCUUAAGGAGUUCUUUCGAGCUAUUGAAUUGCCUCUUGAUAUGCUUGACAUUGAGAAAGAUCUACAGAAGAGUGGAAUGAAGCCUGCUACUGACACCACAGCGAGGAAGGCUGCAGCGCAGGUGCAGGGUGGUUCCUCCAAGUCAAAGACCAAGAAGAAGAAGCAUGGGAUUACCAAGAGGACCAAACUCACCAAUGCACAUCUUCCUCAUCUUUUCCUCUUAGAUAAAGACUGAAGAGGAUUCGACUCGGCGAUUGUGCUAUACUUAUUCAUUAUCCUUUUUGCUGUCAAUUGUUUGAAAAUUCUUGCGGGAGUCGACGUCCAAAUAGAGACCCUGGUGUCAUGAAGUUUGAAAGCAAAAUGAAACUUUGUUAGAGCCUGUGAAAGAAUAAUCCAAUUCCAACAUACUUUCCAAAAUGCCCGCACAUUUGUUUAACUCAAUGAGAGGAGAACGGUUUAUACAAA